UUUCCCAUUCCACAAAUUUUUUUUUUUUAAAAAAAUCAAACCCAAGGUGGGCUCAACUGAAAAGAUUCUCCUUCAUAAAAAAGUUUCCAAUUCGGCAAUUCCUCGUAGACACCCAAUCAAAACGGAAAUACACAGUGAAAUUCGCUUUCCAUUUUUUCCACGAAAAGUAUUUUCCUAAACCCUAACCCCAAAUUUCCUCUUCUCUUCAUGAAUCAAAAUGUAUAUCCCACCCAAUCGCACCUCAAAUUUUCCUUAAACUCCAAAACCCCCAAAGUAAUUAAACCCUAGAAAGAAUCUAUCAUCAUAUUCAGCCAUGGAUCCAAUGGGCCUGAGCCUGGGCCCAAUUCCCUCCCCCGACGGCGACGGCGACGGUGGUGGCGGCGUCGAUGCCUGGUACGGUAACAUCCAGUACCUUCUCAACAUCUCCGCCAUCGGCUCCAUCUGCUGCGUCGUCAUCUUCCUCUCCAUCAAGCUCCGCAGCGACCACCAUCGGAUCCCCGGUCCCACCGCCCUCUUCACCAAGCUCCUCGCAGUCUGGCACGCCACGUGUCGCGAGAUCGCCCGCCAUUGCGGCGCCGACGCCGCUCAGUUCCUCCUGAUCGAAGGCGGAAGCUUCGCCGUACUCUCCUCCAUCGCUCUCCUCUCGAUCUUCCUGAUUCUCCCUAUCAACCUCUACGCCGGCACCGCUUCUCUGAACGACGACCAGUUCUUCAAAACGACGAUCAAUCACAUCGCCAAAGGCUCUCCUUUGCUCUGGAUCCAUUUCCUCUUCGUCGUCGUCGUCGUCGUUUUGGUUCAUUUCGGUCUCUCCGCGAUCGAAGAGAGGUUGAGUUUCACUAGGUUUAGAGACGGGAAUGGAAAUCUGAGCGAUCCGGCUGCGAAUUCAACCGCGAUUUUCACUAUAAUGGUGCAAGGAAUUCCAAAGCGUCUCAGCGCCGAUGAUCGAAGCGCUUUACAUGAGUAUUUCCAGUACAAGUAUCCCGGAAAGGUGUACCGCGUUGUUCUUCCGAUCGAUUUGUGUGCCUUGGAUGAUUUAGCCACCGAAUUGGUUAGGGUUAGGGACAACAUUUCUCGUUUGGUUGCUCGAAUAGACUCGCGCGAAUUCAAUGAGAUUGAGGUGACUUACGUGAAUACAAUGUGGAGAAAUGUACUGGAAAAGUUGGGAUUCACAGAUGAAGAUAAGUUGAGAAAGUUACAAGAGUCGCGAGCUAAGUUAGAGACCGAAUUGGCUGCUUAUAAAGAAGGGCGAGCACCGGGUGCUGGUGUUGCCUUUGUUGUGUUCAAGGAUGUUUACACGGCGAAUAAAGCAGUUCAGGAUUUUCGGAACGAGAGGAUGAAGCGGUUUGGGAAGUUCUUUUCUAUUGUGGAGUUGAGGCUGCAGAGGAAUCAAUGGAAGGUCGAACGAGCUCCUUUGGCUACAGAUAUAUAUUGGAAUCAUUUGGGUUCGACGAAGCUUCAAUUGAGAUUGCGGAGAGUGAUGGUGAACACUUGCUUGCUGUUGAUACUCUUGUUUUUCAGCUCUCCACUUGCUGUGAUCAGUGCUGUGAAAGGCGCGGGUCGGAUUAUAAAUGCAGAAGCUAUGGAUAGUGCGCAGUCAUGGUUGGCUUGGGUGCAAAGUUCGAGCUGGCUCGCCAGUCUAAUCUUUCAGUUCUUGCCAAAUGUGAUUAUAUUUGUGAGCAUGUAUAUAAUAAUCCCGUCUGUUCUUUCAUAUCUCUCUAAGUUUGAACGGCAUCUUACAGUGUCGGGGGAGCAAAGAGCUGCACUUUUGAAGCUGGUGUGCUUCUUCUUGGUGAAUCUGAUUCUCCUAAGGGCUUUAGUCGAGUCUUCGUUAGAGAGUGCAUUGUUGAGUAUGGGAAGGUGUUAUUUGGAUGGGGAGGAUUGUAAGAGGAUUGAGCAAUACAUGAGUGCAUCAUUCUUGUCAAGAUCAUGCCUUUCCUCGCUUGCAUUUUUGAUCACGAGCACGUUUUUGGGUAUAUCGUUUGAUCUAUUGGCUCCGAUUCCUUGGAUUAAAAGGAAUAUUCAAAAGUUCAGGAAGAAUGAUAUGCUCCAGCUGGUCCCUGAAACUGAAGAAUACCCAUUAGAGCAUCAAGAAAUAGAUGGUCUUAGGAGACCAUUGAUACCCGAGAGUAUGUAUGACAGUCCUAGAUUCAAUAGUAUUGAAUCUAUCGAUAUCCCGGGCCAAGAUCUUUCUGUAUAUCCAAUCAAUAGAACAUCGACUGCCCCAAAACAGACAUUUGAUUUUGCACAGUAUUAUGCAUUCAAUUUGACAAUAUUUGCACUGACCAUGAUAUAUUCAUCAUUUGCUCCACUUGUGGUUCCUGUUGGUGCAGUUUAUUUUGGCUAUAGGUAUGUGGUUGACAAGUAUAACUUUCUGUUUGUAUAUAGAGUCCGGGGUUUUCCUGCCGGAAAUGAUGGGACGUUAAUGGAUACUGUAUUGAGCAUCAUGCGAUUCUGCGUAGAUCUGUACUUGCUCUCGAUGCUCUUGUUCUUCUCGGUCCAAGGAGACUCCACUAAGCUGCAAGCUAUAUUCACACUUGGGUUGUUAGUAAUAUAUAAAUUGCUGCCGUCUAAUAAUGAUGGUUUUCACCCAGCUCUUUUGGAAGGCAUACAGACUAUUGAGAAUGUUGUAGAUGGGCCAAUUGAUUAUGAGGUCUUUUCUCAGCCUAAGUUCGAUUGGGAUAUAUAUAAUUCAUGAGUGGAGCUGUAACUGUAACACAUUAUUGAUCAGUUAGUUGACUUGUGCAGAUCCUUCUCUGUUGGCCUUAUAGAAUUUAUUUAAAAAAAAAAAAACUUAUUUCUCUGU